AUGAAUUUUAUCCAAAACCUCUUUGAAGAUAUAAUUAAUCAAAGAGUUAGUUCAUCCUCUAGAUUAACAGUUCAUGCAUCAUUUGUUGCUGCACUAUUUUUUGAAAUAUAUUUCUUCUUUACAAUACCAUCUGCAUCAAUUCAUUUUGUUGUGUUAAUGUUUCUGACAUGUGGGGCAUAUGGUGCUAUAUGUUGGGUAUUUUAUCAACUUGACACGAACCCAGAACUUUGUGAAGCACUAAAAAAAGCAAAAGAAGAACAACAACAAAAAGAAGAAGAUUCAUUAAAUAAAAAUAAUGAAUUAAACGAUAAAACUAAAGAAAAAAGUGAUUAA